UUUUUCCUAGCAUUCGCUCGCUGUUGAUUUCUGUCACUCUUUCAUCACUCUAGAAUAGAAUAAAAUACCUAAGCAGGGUAUUUGGUCGCUCGUUUGACACACUGACACCGAUUGUCAUAAGAUCCUUCAGUACAAUAUACUAGUACUUGGUCGGCUGCAACAUCAAUCUCCACCAACAUUUCCAUCUUUCAGAAUGAUUUGCUCCGCAGCGUACACCUUCUUAAUUGUAGGCCUCGCCGGCCGGAUACUGGCUGAGCCUGUUCGUGAGCCUUACCAGCCGUCACUCGCUCGCAUGUCGACUAGGGACAUUAUCGGUCUUCAUCGCCGUGCUAUAGAGGGAUACUCGCCAUCCGAGCUACUAUGUGGGGAAGGCAACACAUGCGCUGAGGCGUGUGGGAAGGGCUUCACAAAAUGCAAUUCUAAGGACCAUUUGACACACUGCUUCAAUCCCUCAAAGCAGCAAACAUGCUGUCCUAACGGCAGUGGCGACUCGUGUGAUAAUGGAUAUUUUUGCACUGCUGAUAAGGAUAACCAGACGUGGUGUUGCCCUGACGGUCUGAGCUUAAAGGAUUGUGCUCGGAAAUAUGAUAUCCCAGGACCUCUCACCUCUCAGUCACCAUCAACCACAGAAUCAAAGACGACAACGAAGGCCACUGCGACCAAGGAGACAUUAAGUGAAGUGUCACACACCUCAACGGCGACCAAAGAAACCACUACAACGAAAGAAGCGUCGACCAAGGAAGCAGCCACUACAAGCACGAAGGAUAGGAAGCCCGAGAGUACUAAGACAACUGAGAGCACUGAGAGUAUUAGCACUUCGAAGUCAUCACAUCCCCAUUCAACCGAGAAAUCUAAGGAGGUGGAAAAGACCAGUGUGACUACCAGCUCUACGACAUCAAGCUCUACUCUCGCCAAAGUGACCAGUUCCUCAAUCACCACCCCGGCUGUCACUGCGCAGACCGUUGGUCUGGAUUCUACGCCCACUUCGACGCCGCCCGUUUCAACCACUAGCAUAGAGCAAUCCGGCAGUGGUAACUAUAGACCUACCAAUAGCUUGAUGCUGUUCAUUGCUGGUGCCUUGGCCGCCAUCCUUUAAGCGCUGCAUCCUAAUGACUCCUUCGAUGUUUAUCGAAACACAUUCAUAUAGUUCUGUUGAACUAUCUCUAUUGGGCUACGCCAAUAACUUUGCCAAGGCCUCCUCGGUUGUUCCUGUUAUGGUCUCUAGAUUUGCCCGGGACCUCAUUUUAUGUAAUGUAUAUAAUACCCGAGAUGCUGAGUUCGUGUUGCUGUCGCUUUCAAUGG